AUGCCGCCCCCACCGGCCAACCCGCUGGGCUACACGCCCCAUGGCGGCUGGGGCUGGGCCGUGGUGUUCGGCUCCUUCAUCUCCAUCGGCUUCUCGUACGCGUUCCCCAAGUCCAUCACCGUCUUCUUCAAGGAGAUCGAGUCCAUCUUCGACGCCAGCACCAGCGAGGUGUCGUGGAUCUCGUCCAUCAUGCUGGCGGUCAUGUACGCGGGCGGCCCCAUCAGCAGCGCGCUGGUGAACCGGUACGGCAGCCGGCCCGUGGUGCUGGUGGGCGGCUGCCUGGCCAGCGCGGGGCUGGCGACGGCCUCCUUCUGCAGGUCGGUGCGGGAGCUGUACGUGUGCAUCGGCGUGGUGGGCGGCCUGGGGCUGGCCUUCAACCUGAACCCGGCGCUCACCAUCAUCGGCAAGUACUUCUACCGGAAGCGGCCGCUGGCCAACGGGCUGGCCAUGGCCGGCAGCCCCGUGUUCCUCUCCACGCUGGCGCCGCUCAACCAGGCCUUCUUCCGCUUCUACGGCUGGAGGGGCAGCUUCCAUCUCGGGGGGCUGCUGCUCAACUGCUGCGUGGCGGGCUCCCUCAUGCGCCCCAUCGGGCCCCCGCCCGGCGCGGCCCAGCAGGCGGGCGGCGCGGACGGGAGGCGGCCCGAGGCCGGCGGGGAGCCCGGGGAGGCCCCGGCCGCCGGGAGGCCGCGCCCCGGGGGCGGAGGCGGCGGAGGGGGCGGCGGCGGGGCCCCCGCGCGGCGGCGCCUGCCCCGGGACUCGCUGCUGCUGCACCGCGGCUUCCUCUUCUACCUCUCCGGGAACCUGGUCAUGUUCUUCGGGCUCUUCGCGCCCCUGGUCUUCCUGGCCAACUACGGCAAGACGCAGGGCUUCUCGAGCGAGGAGGCGGCCUUCCUCCUCUCCAUCCUGGCCUUCGUGGACAUGGGGGCCCGGCCCACCAUGGGCUUCGUGGCCAACAGCGACCGGGUGCGGCCCCGCAUCCAGUACUUCUUCGCCAGCGCCUGCGUGGCCAACGGGCUCUGCCACCUGCUGCUGCCGCUGGCGCGGAGCUACCUGGGCUUCUGCCUGUACGCGGGCGUCUUCGGCUUCGCCUUCGGCUGGCUCAGCUCGGUGCUGUUCGAGACGCUGAUGGACCUGGAGGGCCCGCAGCGCUUCUCCACCACGGUGGGCGUGGUGACCAUCUCGGAGUGCUGCCCGGUGCUGCUGGGCCCGCCGCUGCUGGGCCGCCUCAAGGACCUGUACGGGGACUACAAGUACACCUACUGGGCCUCGGGCGCCGUGCUGGUGGCCUCGGGCGUCUACCUCUUCCUGGCCAUGGGCGUCAACUACCGCCUCCUGGAGCGGGAGCGCCGCGCGCCGGCGCGGGAGGAGCCCAGCCGCGAGGCGGCCGGGGCCGGGGGCGGCCCGGAGAGGGUGUGGAUGUAUGUGCGCUACAUUUAUGCCGGGCUGGAGGGGUUUCAUGUGGGGUUUCGUGUGGUCCUGUCGAGGUUACCUGCUCUGGGCCACGGCGGUGGUGCGAUCACCGGGCCCUAA